AUGAUUGAGAGUAAGGAACAGGUAAGGGAAAGUACAAGUCGCUUACAAGACACAGAGGAGCUGAGGUAUCUCAAAGGACCCACAGGGAAAACAUCUACGCUAAGAUCUGAAGUAGAGAGGGAGUGCUGUCAAAGCGGAGGUCCGAGCACGCAUGCGCAGCACGCCCACCCACCCACCCGGGGUACCCGGGCCGCAGGUCGUUGGCAGCGCGGGUUCGGGGCCCAAGGUCUAACCCCGCUGCAGUCACGCUUCUGGUGCGGCCCGCAGGGGGUUGGGAGGGUGGGCGCCCGCGAAGACAGUGUGCGCGGUCUGCUCAGGAUCGACCGCCGCCGCCGCCGCCGCCACCCAGACCGCCAGGAGCGCGGCCGGCAGCGGGCCGCAGCGCCCGCCCGCCAUGUUGGGGCGCGGAGCGAGGCUUCUCCACAGGGGAUGUGGGGAAAGGGAGCGUCCGGCCUUUGCCAGCCGCCCGCCCAAGUACAGGCCCGCCUGACUUGGCCUUUCAGGGUGGUCGGAGGAGAAGACGGACAGCACCGCCUCGGCCCAGCCAGGCCAAUCCCGAAGCCAGCAGCCAGCGCCGCCUCUUAUCGGCCCCGGAGCGCCGAGACCACGCCCCCUCCCGCCAAGAUUUGCUGUUGCCCGGGUGUCGGUUGCCUUGACAACGGCCGCCCUUUCCUCUUUGCAGCCAAGCUGAAAAUAAACAGAUGGCCCAAUGCUUAAGUUAUA